UACGUAGAUAUUCAUCAGCCAAUCAGAAGUGUUGGCUUUUGAAUACGUAACUCAAAGUGUACAUACUUUCCAACUACAGGGAGGAAGGAUACUGUGUGUUUAAACUCUCUUCUUUUCUGGCCUUACUUCAUACCUCUAGUUUUCAAAAUGGUUGGACAAUUUACUCUAACAGAUUCCCAAAGGCAAGAAUUCAAAGAUGCCUUUUCAUUGUUUGACGUUGAUGGUAGUGGCACCAUCACAGUUGAUGAGUUGGAACUCGUCAUGAGAAACCUCGGAGAGAAAGUUGACAAGAAAGAACUUCAAGAUAUGGUCAGUGAGGUUGAUGAAGAUGGCAGUGGUGAGAUUGACUUUGAUGAGUUUUGUGAGAUGAUGAUCAAGAAGAUGGCCCAAGAACAAGAGGAAGGCUCUGUUCUUGAUGCAUUCAAUUCCUGGGACCAGAGUGGUAGAGGAGUUAUGAAAUGUGAUGAAUUCAGAGGCCUCCUCAAAAAGCUUCCUGGAGUAAGACUCACCAACAAUGACAUUGAAAAUUUUAUUAAAGUCCUGGACCCACAGAAACGAGGAGAAUUUAAAUUUGAAGGAGAGAGUGUCUUCUUCGAGGUCUUGCAUGCCAUCACUGAGUCUCCAGGAGUAGAACCCUACAGCUUUCCACUUUCUACUUUCGUAAAGCUCUCAGAAUCCGCAGCCAUGGGUUGGAAAAAUGAAAUGUCAAAGGAGCAAGUAAAGGAGAUGAAGGAUGUGUUUAACAUGUUUGAUAAAGAUGGCGAUGGUACGAUCAGCACGGAUGAACUGGAGGAAGUCAUGAAUUCGAUCGGUGAAAAAUCCUCGAAAAAAGAACUGGACGACAUGAUAAAUGAGGUCGAUAAGGAAGGACUUGGAUACAUUAAAUUCGAGAACUUCAUGGAACUGAUGUGUCGCCAGUUGAAAGCAGGUAGCGAAAGUGAAAUCAUGGAAGCCUUCAAUGCAUGGGAUUCGGAAGGACGAGGAGAAAUCACGACAAAAGAACUACGAUCAAUGUUGAUGAGACUCCCUGAACGUCUCAAGAAACAGGACGUCGACGCUAUGAUGAGUUUGGCUGAUCCUAGAAACAGAGGAAAAGUCAAGUUCAACGACUUUGUGAAACUUCUUCUGUAAAAAAUUCAUCUUAAUACGAAGCAGCUCCUGGUAGAGUUCUUUACAACCGUUUCUUCCCAUUAGCUGCAAUUAGCUAAAUAUUUUACUUUCUAAUAAACAGAACAUUGUGACACA